CUCUCUCCUCCCCUCGCUGUCUCUCCUCCCCCAGGCCGGGUGUGCCGGAGAGUGUCCCCGGGCCGCACACACUGUACUCGGGCGGCUGAUUUCCAUCCUCUCCCCCCGGGACAUGGCGGGCGGGGCCCGGGUCACAGAGCGGCCGGUCCGAGGCCCUGAUUGCCGGCUGGGAGCGCGGUGACCGGAGAACAUGUCGGCCGAGCUCCGCCUGCGGCAGCUGGAGCGGCUGAUGGUGGCCGGGCCGGCGGCGGGCGGUGCUGUGAGCGUGGAGAGCCUGCUGGACUCCCUGCUCUGUCUGUACGAUGAGUGCUGCUCAUCCCCACUCCGCAGGGACAAGAACAUCCACGACUACAUCGAGUGGGCCAAACCAUUUGCCAUGAAAGUGAAGCAACUCCGACUUCAUAAGGAAGAUUUUGAGAUUUUAAAAGUUAUUGGAAGAGGCGCUUUUGGAGAGGUAGCAGUUGUCAAGUUGAAAAAUGCCGACAAGGUGUUUGCAAUGAAGAUCUUAAAUAAAUGGGAAAUGUUAAAAAGAGCCGAGACGGCCUGUUUUCGAGAAGAAAGGGAUGUUUUGGUGAAUGGAGACAGCCAGUGGACUACAACACUGCACUAUGCCUUCCAGGAUGACAACUAUUUGUAUCUGGUUAUGGAUUACUAUGUGGGGGGAGACCUGCUCACACUGCUCAGCAAGUUCGAAGACCGGCUACCCGAGGACAUGGCUCGAUUCUACCUUGCCGAAAUGGUCAUGGCUAUUGACUCUGUGCAUCAGCUUCACUAUGUUCACAGAGACAUUAAGCCAGAUAACAUCUUGCUGGAUAUGAACGGACACAUUCGCCUGGCAGACUUUGGAUCCUGUCUGAGACUCAUGGAGGAUGGAACGGUCCAGUCGUCUGUAGCUGUCGGGACUCCAGAUUACAUCUCUCCUGAAAUCCUACAAGCUAUGGAAGACGGGAAGGGGAAGUACGGACCGGAGUGUGACUGGUGGUCUCUUGGAGUUUGCAUGUAUGAAAUGCUGUACGGAGAAACCCCUUUCUACGCCGAGUCUUUAGUGGAGACUUAUGGGAAGAUAAUGAACCAUAAAGAGAGGUUCCAGUUUCCCACUCAGGUAGCCGAUAUUUCAGAAAAUGCCAAGGACUUGAUUAAAAGACUUAUAUGCAGCAGGGAGCAUCGCCUCGGUCAGAACGGCAUCGAAGACUUUAAGAAUCACCCAUUUUUUGUGGGAAUUGACUGGGAUAAUAUACGUAACUGUGAAGCACCUUAUAUCCCAGAAGUCAGCAGCCCGACCGACACAUCUAACUUCGAUGUUGAUGACGAUUGCUUGAAAAACUGCGAGACCAUGCCACCGCCAACUCAUACUGGAUUUUCCGGUCACCAUCUUCCAUUUGUAGGAUUUACUUACACAAGUAACUGUGUACUUUCAGAUAGGUCCUCCUUGAAAGAAACAUCUGUAACAUCCAGGACAGACUUGGACACCAACGUGCAGAGGACAUUAGAAGACAGUUUAGCGACAGAGGCCUAUGAGAGGAGGAUACGGCGACUGGAACAGGAAAAGUUAGAGCUAAGCAGAAAGCUGCAAGAAUCUACGCAAACCGUUCAAGCCUUGCAGUAUUCGGCUGUAGACGGCCCCAUCACUGCAACCAAAGAUUUAGAAAUCAAAUCUUUGAAAGAAGAAAUUGACAAGCUGAAAACUCAAGGAGCCAGUCAGCUGAACCAGCAGCUUGAGAAAAGCAAUUUUACGCGACAUGACAUGGAGGAGUUUGCUCGACAAAUCAAGGCCUUCGAAAAACAAGUAAAAACGCUGAAGCAAGAGAAGGAGGAUAUGAACAAGGAAUUGUUGGAAUCCAGUGAAAGGUUGAAGUCCCAAACCAAAGAUCUGAAGGAGGCCCAGAGCCAGCGGAAGCAGGCCUUGCAGGAGAUGGCGGAGUUGAAUGAGCGACUGACUGAACUACGCUCUCAGAAGCAAAAGUUUGUUCGCCAGCUGCGGGAUAAAGAAGAAGAAAUGGAGGGAGUGGCACAGAAGAUUGAAGGCUUGCGGCAAGAACUGCGGCGAACAGAAAGAUCCAAGAAAGAGCUGGAAGCUCAGGCUGCAGCCGCUGCCGCGGAAGCCUCUAAGGAUCGAAAACUGCGCGAGAGAAGCGAGCAGUACGCCAAACAGUUGGAGAGCGAGCUGGAGGGGCUAAAACAAAAGCAGGUUGGCCGUUCCCCUGGGGUGAGCAAUUCCGAAUACCAACAAGAAGUCACCAAGCUGAAGAGUGAUCUGGAGAAAAAGAGUGUUUUCUACGAGGACGAAUUUUCCAAGAGGGAGGCUUUGCACGCCACUGAAAUAAACAACCUGAAGAAGGAACUGCGAGACGCAGAGAGCCAGCAACUGACGCUCAAGAAAGAGAUCAUGAUCCUGAAGGACAAGUUGGAUAAAACCCGUCGGGAAAGCCAAAGUGAACGAGAGGAGUUUGAAGCUGAGUUUAAGCAGAAGUUUGAUCGUGAGCGGGUGAUAUUAACAGAGGAAAACAAGAAGCUUUCCAACGAGCUAGACAAGCUUACCGCCACGUCUGAAAGGUUGAGCGUUAACAAUCGGCAGCUGGAGGAGGAGAUGAGGGACUUGGCAGAUAAAAAAGAGUCCGUGGCGCAUUGGGAGGCCCAGAUCACAGAGAUUAUCCAGUGGGUGAGCGAUGAGAAGGACGCCCGGGGAUAUCUGCAGGCAUUGGCUUCCAAAAUGACAGAAGAAUUAGAUACUCUGCGGAAUUCCAGUUUAGGAGCCAGAGCCACGGACAUGCCGUGGAAGAUGCGGCGUUUCGCAAAGCUGGACAUGUCGGCGCGGCUGGAGCUGCAGUCUGCACUGGAUGCUGAGAUAAGAGCCAAGCAAGCCAUACAGGAGGAACUCAACAAAGCCAAGGCAGCCAUCAUCGCCACUGAGUGCAAACUCCAGGAAUCCGAGAAGAAGAACCAGGAACUUGCGACAGAGGUGGAGAAGCUGAAAUGGGAGACGGAUGAGUUCCGAUCCGAGAAAGGUGUCAAGCACCAGGAGUCUCAGAAUUCAUUCCUGGCAUUCCUGAAUGCUCCCACUUCGGUUCUGGAUCAGUUUGAGCGAUCUCCGUCCUCCAAUCCCGCCAGCAAAGGCAGACGUAUGGAUUCUGUAGACAACUUCACUUUGUCCAAUACACCUUCAAGAGACGACAUGAAAUCCCAGAUGAUUUCCCGUUCCAGAUCACCGUCCACCAUGAGCGACAUAGAACCCGCAGAGGUAACCGAUCACCCUCCGGGCUCCGUACAAACACCAACGAUGAGAGCCUCCUACGCGAGUUCCGGCUCCUCCGUACCCAAGCCAAAAGCCCACCAGUUUGUUGUGAAGUCUUUCAACACGCCAACAAAAUGCAACCAGUGUACAUCGCUGAUGGUGGGGUUAAUACGGCAAGGCUGUACGUGUGAAGUGUGCGGUUUUUUAUGCCACGUUACAUGUGCCGACAAAGCCCCAGCUGUUUGUCCCAUCCCUCCUGAGCAGACGAAGGGACCGCUUGGUAUAGACCCACAGAAAGGAAUUGGGACCGCUUAUGAAGGACAUGUCAGAGUGCCCAAGCCUGCGGGUGUGAAGAAGGGAUGGCAGAGGGCCCAAGCCGUGGUGUGUGAUUUCAAACUCUUCCUGUAUGAUAUUGCAGAGGGUAAAGCUUCCCAGCCCACCUGUUCUGUGAGUCAGGUCAUUGACAUGCGGGAUGAAGAGUUUGCGGUUAGUUCUGUCUUGGCGUCUGAUGUCAUUCACGCAAGUCGCAAGGAUAUUCCGUGCAUCUUUCGGGUUACUGCAUCCCAGCUCUCUGCGUCCAGCAACAAAUGCUCCAUUCUGCUCCUUGCGGACAGCGAGAGCGAGCGGAGUAAGUGGGUCGGUGUGCUGAACGAGCUGCAUCGAAUCCUGAAGAAGAAUAAACUGAAAGAUCGCUCGGUGUAUGUUCCCAAAGAGGCGUACGACAGCACCUUACCACUCAUCAAAAACACACAGUCCGCCUCCAUCCUAGAUCACGAGCGCAUUGCACUGGGUAACGAGGAGGGAUUGUUUGUAGUUCAUGUCACUAAGGAUGAAAUUAUUCGUGUUGGUGACAACAAGAAAGUGCACCAAGUUGAAUUGAUCCCGUAUGAACAGUUAAUUGCAGUGAUUUCGGGGAGGAAUCGACAUGUCCGGCUUUACCCCAUGGCCUCCCUGGACGGGAGAGAGACUGAGUUCUUCAAAUUGGCAGAAACCAAAGGCUGCCAGGGCAUUGUGUCUGGUCAAGUGCGGCAUGGUGCACUCACUUGCCUUUGUGUGUCAAUGAAGAGACAGGUUCUCUGUUAUGAACUGAACCAAAGCAAAGCACGCCACAAAAAAAUCAAGGAGAUACAGGUUCCUGGGAAUGUCCAGUGGAUGGCCAUUUUCAAUGAGCGUCUCUGCGUGGGCUACCAGUCGGGAUUUAUUAGGUAUCCUUUGCAUGCUGAAGGCAGCCCUUACAGCUUACUCCAUUCGGACGACCACACACUGUCUUUCAUCACGCAGCAACCAACGGACGCCAUUUGCGCAGUUGAAAUCUCAAAUAAAGAGUACCUGCUGUGUUUUAGCAGCGUUGGGGUUUAUGUGGACUGCCAGGGUCGAAGGUCGCGGCAGCAGGAAUUAAUGUGGCCUGCAGUUCCUUCAGCGUGUUGUUACAAUGCUCCGUACCUCUCCGUGUACAGUGAAAAUGCAGUUGAUGUUUUUGAUAUAAACUCAAUGGAGUGGAUUCAGACCAUUCCUCUUAAGAAGGUACGGCCAUUGAACUCUGAAGGAUCACUCAAUCUGUUGGGGCUGGAGACAAUCCGACUAAUAUACUUCAAAAAUAAAAUGGCUGAAGGGGAUGAGCUGGUGGUUCCCGAAACAUCAGACAACAGUCGGAAGCAAAUGGUGAGAAAUAUAAACAAUAAGCGCCGAUACUCGUUCCGCGUCCCAGAGGAAGAACGAAUGCAACAGCGGAGGGAAAUGUUACGGGACCCAGAAAUGAGAAACAAACUGAUUUCCAACCCAACCAAUUUUAACCAUAUUGCACAUAUGGGGCCUGGAGAUGGCAUUCAAAUCCUGAAAGAUCUGCCGAUGCCAAGGUCCCCCUAUCCAUCCCCCCUCCGCCAUCACUCCAGCCUGAUCUCCACUCCGAGCAACUUUGAGCACGUCUAUCACAUGACUGUAAAUUCAGCUGAAAACUUCCUCUCUUCUGAUCCCGUAAACCUUGCCUCCUCCUCCUCCCCGUCACUCAGCGCUACCCCUGGCUCUCACAGGAAUCUCAGGCAUCAGGACAGUCGGACGAUGUUCAGCGGCUCUGUCAGUAUUCCGUCUAUCACCAAAUCCCGCAUGGAGCCAGGACGGUCAAUGAGUGCCAGUAGCGGACUGGCUGCAAGAACGUCCCAAAAUGGAAGCGCCUUACGCAGAGACCUAUCUGGAGGAAGUUAUGGGGCAAAACGCCAACCUAUGACUUCGCCAUCUGAUGGGUCAUUGUCUUCUGGUGGCCUCGAUCAAGGGAGUGAUGCCCCAGCGCGAGAUUAUGAGCGUGAGGACUCGGACUCGCCACGGCAUUCAACAGCUUCCAACAGCUCAAACCUCAGCAGUCCUCCGAGUCCAGCAUCCCCUCACAAAACCAAGAGCAGUUCAUUAGAGAGCUCCGAUCAUGUGAGUUGGGAAGCAUGAACUCUCGCCAUCCUUCCAGCUUCUCUCUGCUCACCCGUAUCUACCUGUACCCCAGCUCCUCAGGACUGGUCUCAACCUCUGGAGAUAGGAUACUUUUAUCCAACGCCAUCAGCACCGCAUUGCCUCGGACUAGCGAGAAGGCAGAGUGUUGGCCAUGAAGACAGGCUAGAUAGAUUGUAGCAUUGGUUGAUUUUUUGUGGUUUACAGGCAGUUUCUUUGCUAUGAAAACCGUUGGCCACAAGGAGUCCGUGAUGAGCUCAAAAAUGUGCGCACACUAUGAAACUAAUUUUGGGGGGAAGGAGUGCAUUAAGUACUUUCUUCCAAUGAGUUUCUUCAGACUUUUGAGAAUCAGCAAUGUGUCCACUCUAUCCUCCUGGGAGAUCACUUCAGGUGCGUGACUGCCCAUUGAAUGUUGAAACCGCGUUGGCGCUUGUGACCCUCUUCUUGUGUCAUUAAUAACGUAUUUUAAUACAAAGCAGAGUUUAAUCUAAAUAGUACAUUACAUAUGUGUAUAUAUAAGGAUCAUGUAUUCCAUUGAGAAUAGAGGCAUAUUUAAAGAGAUUCUGUCAUUUUAACAAUGGAUUGUUUGCUUUCAUAACUGAUAUUGGUCAACAAGCUUGAUGGGAAAACAGAGCCAACUGUGGCUCCCACUAUCGUAUCGGUUACCAUACAGUCAUGCAUCGUUUUUUCUAUAGCACGUCCGUCUGUACAUAACAGUUAAUAACAUAAGGACAUUUAUUUACUCUGCUUUCAUUUACUCUCCUUAGAAGGGAUUAUCACGAUAUCCCCGGAGUACACUGCAUCCUGUUUUACAAACGGAUCUCUAUUUUACACCUCGUUUAACUUUGAAUAAAUCCCAGAGGGCACGGCUGCCUCUGCACCUCAAUAUCCUGUUUAAAUUUCACACGUUGAUGGUGAAUUCCAUAUGAAAACCAUUUUUAUUUUGUUGUUGGGUUUUUGUUUUGUUUUGUUUAUUUAUUUAUUCCAUUACACUUUCUUUUUUUCUUCCACCGCAACCAUGUAAUAGCAAAAAAAAAGAGACGGAACAGAUUGUCAGCCUCUGCGGUUCUGGGUAGUUUUGUCAUGUUACAGAGCAGUUAGGUUAAGAGCCGAUGCCCAUUUCCAGCCAGUCAUUAUUCUUCUGUCUGAGUUAAUACAAUACUUGUUAGAUUUUAUCCAAUAAACAUAUUUGCUUUGAUCAGAAAUAUAUAAAAUUUUUGCCCAUAUUGUGGAAGGGCUUAUUUCUGUAGCCACCAUCCGUUGUAGAGAUUCAGAAGUGCACAUUUGGUGUUUGGCAGUUGAGGAAGUGCAUUUGAGGUCUUGCCCCUAACACCUUACUCCAUAGUAGGAAUAAAGGAGGCAUUAAACUAGUGACACUUUAUUUUAAUACUCAGAGCUAACAAGCCUUGCCUUGAGUUAAACUAUGCUCUUUGAGCCUGCAGGCUCUUAUUAGCUGCCAAACCCACUAUCAACUGCUCUGUUUGCUUUGGAGAUGGGUGCCUGGCAUGUAUGGUUUUAUUAGGAUGUCUCUUUAGCUGCAAAAAAGAGUUUCUAAAUAUGGAUGUAUUAGAAACUCCAGUUCUUUUUGGUGCUAAAACUCAGCCCUAUCACAGGACCCAAACUUUCUGUUAUUAAGACUCCACUUCCAAAACACACAAAUUUAUCCAAAACACUUUACUCCUACACCUUGUGUUACUAUCAAUAGAAGGAAGUAAAACGCGUUUCCCGUGUGCAUGUAGGCCAUUGUAUUUGACAGAUGUUUCAGCUUUGUUUGUAUUUAUUUAUUUAUUAUAAAGUUUGGGGGUGUUUUUUUUUUUUUUUAGUCACUUCUCUCCUGUGAAAGUAUUCUGUACCCCUCUCUAUCCAACGCCCCUACUCCAACCUUGUUUCUCUGCAUUGUAUAAACCCACAUAUUGUGCUUUGCUCUGUUUUUUCCAAAAUAAUCCUUUUUUUUUUGUGUGUGUGUGUUUGUUACAAUCAAGAUGUCAUUUUAUCUGUUAAUAUAUUUAUAAUCACAAUGCUGGUAAAUUUUAUACAAUUAAUGCAAAAAGUUCAAAAAAAAAAAAAAUGAAAACAAAAAAAAAAAUUUAAAACAAGCUAGGCAGUUUUUAUUCAUCGAUGCGAUAUAAUAGUUUGGUGUCAAAACACAUUUUUUUUCACAGUGAAAAUCUGGAGUAUAAAGUGAUGUAAAUCAUAAGAGGGUGAUGUUAACACAAUGCGUUGGGCACACUCUACACUUACACUGUAAGGGCUUUUUCCAUACACUUUUGAAGUGAUAAACAAUUUGGAGAUCUUUCUCCAGCAAUUAUUGUCUAAAGUGUACACAUUUCUUGGGAAUUCGUACUCUUUGAUGGAUAAAUCCUUAAGGGUUUGUGGUGUUUUGUCCACAGAAUACUGUUUAGCUGAAUCACAUUUCAUCAUCACAAGUUAAUCUCGGAUUCUUACAGAAUUUCCUCUCCAAUCCCAAAUUUUAGUCUGAUUGAAGUGUUGAAUUUUUAUUCCAGUACAUUUCUGUUUCUGUUCGUAGCAGGAGGAAAGAUUUGUUAAACUGUUCCUGCUUUGUAUCACGCAAUGCAGAGAGGAUCAAUCUGCAAUUUUAAGGCUAUUUGAUUGCACCGCUAGGCUUUACAUUCCCAGCACAUCCUCCCCUGGCUGAUUUGCAGAUAUGCCACAGAAGCCCCAGCUGAACCCUUCAAAAUAAAUCUUGUUGUGCAAAAUAUUGUGGAUGUGGCAUAAAAAAAAGAUUGAGGCAAGCAAUGUCCUGAAUCGAAAACAGCCUGGGGUUAUGUGGGUGAGCUAUAACAAGCAAUGUUGCCCUGUUAUUAAUACCCUGAACACAUGUAAUAAUUAAAAAAAACUACCUUUUAGCAGAACCCCAUGACAUCCGUUUGCCAAUGUUUAGACUUGUGCAGAUAUAGGAUCAUGAGUCGAGAUUUCUGUUGUAGGACCAUAUUCAUGUCUAGGAGAACCAAGAUGUCUCUAGAAUAAGAAUCACUUUCUACACCACUGUCCCAUUCUUCAGUCUUGGUCAGUCAUGUAGCAGAGAUGGGUCGAGUUUCAUUGUUGAUCUAUGCAGUAUGGUUACUUGAUUCAGCAAGUUCCCAAAUGUAUUCUUUUGCCCGUCUUUUGAUUUUAUAAACAACAAUGUUUUAUUUUAGUUUCAUAAUACUUUUGGGAAGCCUUUGUUGCAGAUCUGAUUGUAGCAUUGGCUACAUUAAAACAUUAACUAACUUGUGUUAACCUUUUUCAUGUGAUUCUAGUUUCUAUAAAAAUAUUUAUUAAAAAUGUAUCCGUUGACAUUACAAUCCAGUUUAGUCCUGGCACAGCCAAGGCACACAUUGCAAAUGAGCAUGAGGAAUGGAAUCAUUUUAUUGGCUUUCUCCUUUGUAUGCAUUCUCUAUGUUGACUGCAGUGCGAAGGACAGAGUUUGUAGCAAUGAGAAAAGCAUCUGACUGACGGGAAGCUAAGAUGGAGGUGCCAGUUCCCCCAGAGAAGAAAUUUAGAUUUUCACAUUUUAUGAUUCAGACUUCACAAACAGACAUUUGUUAAAUGAAGGGGAUGAGUACAUAAUAUAAAAAAUUCUGGGAGGCGAUGAUUCCCAUUUAAUACAAACCUUUAAUGGUUUCUAGUGUAUAUUUAUUAUAGAUGAGGCCAGCUCCACAUUUUAUCAGUGCAAAAAAAGACGAUUGUAGGAUUGAGUGUGAAUGGUGAUGGCGUAAUAUGUGACCCGCCAAAAAGUGACGUUUGUAAGUGGCUACACGCAGCAGCAAACACUACAUUAGCAAACUCAGGAUUAGCUACUUUGCAGGAUUGAACCUGUCCGUUUAGUGUCUGCUUGUGUUCUUAACCCUACGGCUGGCUUACCAAGGAGGCAUUAAGGGCUAAAUGAUUCACACCCUGCUUCGCAGAUUAGGAUUUGUCCAGGAUUCUCUGUACACUGUGUCGAUCAUCCUCACCUUCACACAGGAAUCAUUUCAUUCUAUAUAUACCAUGUCCAUCGUACCCACCUUCACACAGGAAUCAUUUCAUUCUAUACCGCAUCCAUCGUACCCACCUUCACACAGGAAUCAUUUCUUUCUAUACCGCAUCCAUCGUGCCCAUCUUUACACAGGAAUCAUUUCUUUCUAUACCGCAUCUAUCGUGCCCAUCUUUACAUAGGAAUCAUUUAAUUCUAUACAACGUCCAUCGUGCCCACCAUCACACAGGAACCAUUUCAUUCUAUACAGCGUCCAUCAUGCCACCUUCACACAGGAAUCAUUUCAUUCUAUACCACGUCCAUCGUGCCCAUCUUUACAUAGGAAUCAUUUAAUUCUAUAUUGCAUCCAUCGUACCAACCUUCACACAGGAACCAUUUCAUUCUAUACAGCGUCCAUCAUGCCACCUUCACACAAGAACCAUUUCAUUCUAUACCACGUCCAUCGUGCCCAUCUUUACAUAGGAAUCAUUUAAUUCUAUAUUGCAUCCAUCGUACCAACCUUCACACAGGAACCAUUUCAUUCUAUACAGCGUCCAUCAUGCCACCUUCACACAGGAAUCAUUUCAUUCUAUACAGCGUCCAUCAUGCCACCUUCACAAAGGAAUCAUUUAAUUCUAUACAGCAUCCAUCGUGCCCACCAUCACACAGGAACCAUUUCAUUCUAUACAGCAUCCAUCGUGCCCAUCUUUACAUAGGAAUCAUUUAAUUCUAUAUUGCAUCCAUCGUACCAACCUUCACACAGGAACCAUUUGAUUCUAUAUGGCAUCCAUCGAGCCCAUGUUCCCAUAGGAAUAAUUUAUUUCUAUACCACGUCCAUCGUGCCCAUGUUCACAUAGGAAUCAUUUAUUUCUAUACAACGUCCAUCGUGCCUAUCUUCACACAAAAAAUCAUUUAAUUCUAUAUUGCGUCCAUCAUACCAACCUUCACAAAGGAACCAUUUCAUUCUAUACAGCAUCCAUCGUGCCCACCUUCACAUAGGAAUCAUUUAUUUCUAUACCACAUCCAUCGUGCCCAUGUUUACAUAGGAAUCAUUUAAUUCUAUACAGCAUCCAUCGUGCCCACCUUCACAUAGGAAUCAUUUAUUUCUAUACAGCAUCCAUCGUGCCCACCUUCACAUAGGAAUCAUUUAAUUCUAUACGGCGUCCAUCGUGCCCAUGUUUACAUAGGAAUCAUUUCAUUCUAUACCACGUCCAUCGUGCCUAUCUUUACACAGAAAUUAUUUAAUUCUAUAUGGCGUCCAUCGUGCCCACCUUCACACAGGAAUCAUUUCAUUCUAUACCGGGUCUGUCGUGCCCACCUUCACACAGGAACCAUUGAAAGAAAAUUCCCAACACAUAAAACACUUCUAUUUCUGAAAGGUCCCAGCAUCUGUAACUGUGUCACACUACAUGGAUCGAUAGUCCCUGCAUAGCCAACACAAAUGCAAUGGAUUCAACAGUGAAGAUACACGCAACAUAGGAAAGGACAGAUUGACAUUAUAUAGACACGUACACACAACAAAAUAGACAAUUGCCAUAAUAUAUUCAACCAAUGUUAAUGCAAAUAUAACCAGAAAUUGUGAGCCCCGGAGACUUAUCUGUGUCUCUGCUUUCGAAAAGUAGAUUAAGAGAUAGGGGAGAAUCUUUGUUUUAUAUAUAUAUAUAUAUUUUUAAAGUACAGAUUUUAUCUGUAGCGUUCAAGCUAUGAUUAUAGCUAUAUCAAAUUAUACCAAUAUAUAUAUAGAUUAAGAUAUACACAAUGUUGUACAUUUGCAACUUUCUUAUACUUUCACACACCCACCUGUUAGGUAUUUUUUGAUUUUGCCGCAGUUUUCCCAGUGGUGUCUGCUUUGCAGUUACAAAGGAUCUCACAAUAAGCUAUUUCUGUUCCCGUGACACUUUUAUAAAUCUGCUCUAAUGAUACAAAGUGAGUACUUUGGUUUAAACUCAUGGCUUGACCCUAUUCAUCUUACUAAGUAAUAACAUAAUAUAUCAUUAUAUAUACUAUACAGCUGGUCUUCUGCUAUAAAGGCUGUUAUCCUGACAUUCACUAUAGUUUGAUUAGUGUUAUGCAUAAGAGUGUAUUCACAAAAUCAGGGAAUUGUGUGAAAUUUAAAAUCUUUGGCUGAUUUAGCGAAAUAGGUGGAUAUAAAGUUCAGUUGGGGAAUUUUUCUAUUUAACUACGUAGGCCUAACAUUUUCAACUUAUUUGUUGCUUCACCACAAUUCACAGUUUAUAAAAAUAAAUCCCGACCCUAUUCUUCAGUAUUGGUUUCCUUCACUAAAUAGAUUGAGAGCCGGCUUCCAAAGACAUUGUCGAAAACAGCCAAGAUGGGGGAACACAAUCUCUAAACCAGAUUGACAGCCAUUGCACUAACGGCUGUAACUUGUUUGCAAAUUAUUUCAUCAAGAUAUUUUGUUAGCGCAAAGUUACAGAGGAAAACAGAACUUCGUCAAAUUGUGCAUGACAGACCCUUUAAACCAACUGCUUUUUGAUCAAUAGGUGUCUUGCUAAUACAUCGUAAACCCCCCCCCCUCUCUUUUUUUUUUUACCUCGAGUACUGCACCAACUGGAGGGGCUUACAUAGGGGUCCCAAUCUCACAUACCCGGGCAACUUGCAAAAUAGUCCAGGACAGAUCCAUUUAAUGUAUGUUGUGGACGCUAGGCAAGCAGCCUCAUAAUACAUAGGUAAAUAGAUAAUAAAAUACAUUAUAUUUUUGAGAUAUCAUUGUACAAUGCAAGCUGUCAUGAACUGAGUUUGAGACCUCAACGGAAAAUCUAAAAUAUCGCUAUCGUUUUCUCAUAGCAAUAACCUACAUAUAUGGCAUUCACAUUAAUUCCAAAUUACUUUGCAUUAAAGCCGAUAUGAAAAUAUAUAUAUAUAUUUUUUUUUUUUUGAUGCAAUAAAAAUAUGGGACCUCCCUACACAUUCUAUGGAAAAAAACAAAAGUACGUUUUAUUUUUAUUUUUUUAUUCUUUUGGCUUUUUCCAUUUCAUUGAAUUUGUAUCUGCCUUUUUAUGUAAUGAGUUUCAUAUCGAUUAUUUUUAAAGGAAUAUUUUUUAGGAUUAUUUUUUUGUUUUUAUUGUAAUAAUAUUGUACAGUUUUGGAGUUUUUUUGUUCUUGGUUUGUUUUGCAUGUCUUGGAUGUAAUCACUUAUUUUGUUCUAGAUUAUAAAAUCUGACAAGUGUGUGGGAACGAUUGCAUUUGGUCAUGUUGUUGGGACAAUUCUGCUAUGAAACAAGGAUGUAAAUUCUUUUGCACAGACUAUAUUUAAGGUGGACCUCGACCAUGUAAUAAAAGACUAACCACCAAUAUUUUAUGUUGACGACACUCAAUAAAUAUAUUAACCUGACUUUGAUGUAUUGCAAUAAAACAGGGAACUGUUAGAAAACA